AUGGGCCGAACGACCUCUUUGAAGCGUCGAGCUACGCCGAGCUGCACUAGCCGAGAUUCACAUGUCGUGAGAGAGACAUCCCAUCGCCGAGCUGCUUGCAUGGAAAUGUCGAGCUGCCAAUGCCGAAGUGCCGAGCUGGAAGAGCUUAUGGCGACCGUCGCCUCCACCAAGGUCCCGAAAGCUACCGUCGUCACCAACGAGAUCCUGCCGGCUUCCAUCAUUGCCGACGAGGUCCCAGUGGCCACCGACCAGCCCGACUCCACUCAUAGCUGCUGCUCCUUGGCCGAGAAGCUCGCGAUAAACUGCUUCCCCCGAAAAAAUGGCGAAUAA